UUUUUCUUUGCAGCCACAGCUAAUGUUUAUAGGAAUGAGGGUAAUGAGGCCUUCAAGAAAGGAGAUUUCAUCAAUGCUAUUCAUUUUUACACCAAAGGAAUUAAAAUGAACUGCAAUGACAAAGAACUGAAGGCCAAACUGUACAACAACAGGGCAAUUGCACAUUUUAAACUUGGUAAGAUGAUGAGAGCUUUAAUAUGCAUUUUUUUUUCUGUUUUGAAGCUAUUGAGUUGUCAGUAGUAGUUUUCUGAAAAAGGUGAUAAGUUUGAAUGCAUGUUCGGAAAAAUUUACAUCUUAUCUUGGCCUCUCAAAUAUACAAAGAAGUAACCUCUUACCCCAGAUACCAAUGAGCAUCACAAGUUUUUCCCAAAAUUAUAGUAGUGGUAGUUGGUUUGCAACAUGUAUGGCUAAUCAGAGAUAUUUAUUUCAAUAACAGGAAAUCACCAGGAUUCACUAAGGGAUGCAGAAGCAGCCAUUGAGUUAAAUCCAACUUUCCUUAAAGCAAUUGUGAGAGGUUAGAUAUGUUAGCUGUGCUAUAAUAAUGAUAAUAAAAAAAGAACUCAACACUCUAAGGUUAAAUGAGGUUAAAUGGAGUUCAAUCUUGUCUCAAUUGACUUUAAUAAAGAGGUCGAGACCACCCUGAUGUACAUUUGAAUCCAGUUCUUGACUGCUACGCCAAUACUUUCCAUUAAUCAUGAUGAGAAUAUUAUUUUGAACGGGCUGAAGAACUCAAUGCGGAAUGUAAAGCAAAAUUUCAGCAUGAAUAUUGUAGUUCCUUAAGUUCAAUGAGUCACAGGUGUCAGAUAUGUUAAGAGCAUGUCCAUGAGAGCACCGGGCAGUCCUGUUACAUGCCAUCUCACUGAUUUCAAUGAAACUUUGCCAGUUUAAAGGGUCUACCCAAAACUCAAAAAGACAAACUGGUUUCUGUUUUGGUUUUUUUUCCGGGGGGAGAUAGACCAUCCCCCCGGUUUUUCGAGGUUUUCACCAAGGAAAUCGCUUCAAAUAGGUAAAAUGUAUGAAGCGCUCACUGUGAUGAUAUUUAACUGAUUACUUUGAGGAUUUGCACACAUAUUUUUACAUCCUUAGUUAAUGUCUGCUGCGAGUAUCCGUCAGUUUGAUUGACGGCUUGUCAAUCAACAGAGGCAAAUAUACGACUGUGUUUUUAGACUUUUCGAUUCAUCCAAAUAUUUGACAACUUUGAGGUCAAAUAUCUCCCGUUGCCAGAAAGCUACAAGACUAAUCUUAAUUACCCUUUAUAACCCAUCAUUUCAUCUCUGAAAAUCAUCAAAAAAAUCUUUGGGCACUACCUUUGGAUACCUUUUAAAAUCUGCGACUGUGACAAGUUUCUCUCAACUACACCUGUCACGCAAUUCUUGCUCUAGGCGGUCACUUGACAAAAUAAACCUAUAUUUUUUAGCUCUUUAUACAAGAUGAUUGAUCAAGAAAGGUGAAAAAUGUGAAAAACUUUCGAGAUACAUGUAGACAGACGGAAAAUCAAUGGGAAAAUUUUGUACGGCACAAAACAUUCAUUAGUCUAUAAUUUGAUUGUUUAUCAUCAUCAUUGCUCAUUUUAGGAGAUUUUAAAGUCACAUGCUGCGUGUUGGCUGAUAUUACUACAUGUUCCAGUGUGCUACAACUUCGGCUUUCACAGACGAGAAAUUCUGCGCUCUCGCUCGAGAGCAAAUAUAAAUUUUUCUAUCGGAAUAAAAACUGUGCUUCUAUCCCGAAAAUAAAAUUCAAAUAGUGUUGUCGUUGUCACUUACCGCCAUCGAACAUUUACAUGCAGAACUCCGCUAUGAUAACAUCUGUUGUGUGACCCGAAGACUCUCCGUGGGAAUUAUUCAAGCGCGUUGUUCAUGCUGUCUGCUAGAUAACAAUUUCAGAAUAAUCUGCAGAUCUCUAUGAUUAUUUACCUGCUUCGAUCGUAAAAUAUCUGCAUAUUUUUUUCAAGCAUUCUAUUACUACUUAUAAAUCUACAUCUCUCUAGAUCGAGUGUUGCCGGCGUUUAAUUGAGUGACUUUUUUAAAUGAAAUUUUUAAAUAAGAAUGAGCCAGCAGUAAUUUGACGAGUAGCCUUCCUGCAAAUUUCCCUUGAUGAAAUCCCAAGACAUGGCCAGUUGUUUUCGUGAGCAAAGACAAUAAAUAUGAAAGAAAAGUGUAAUGCAAAUGUCCUUUUUUUUUUUAGCUUAAUAGCAGAUGUACCCUCUCCUGCAGUCUUCGUCUAAAUUUUGCAAGGUCUCUCCUUAUCUUCUGCCUUGUUCGGUCAGUUUCGAAUUCUGUAGCUAGAUCAUUGGCAUCGGCCUCUCCGUCCUCAUUCAUAUUUACAGAGGGGGACCUCAUCAAUAAAGCAAUUUUUGUUACGGCAGAUAACCAGCUGAAGUAUCGAGCGAUUUGCUGCUGUAUCAACCGGUAAGUCUUAGACAACAUUUCUGGCCGGUGUCGUCUCUUAAACUCGAUAUUUGGGAAGUCAUAUUAGAGGCAGUUGCCUUACUAGUUUCCUCCCUUGUUCAGCACACGUCUAGGAGAUAAUUCUCUGCUUUCUGAGAAAAGGUGGCUGUUUUUUGUGUUUUCCAAAGAGCCCAUCCAAAGUCCACUUGGUUAGUUAGGGAUUGUUCGUCAGAAUUUUACCUGAGGUCCGACCUUGAACAUAGCCAUCCCCUAUAGAAUGGCAAGCCGGUCUUAGUCCAUUUCCUCGUGAUCUUAUCCUAGGCGGAAUUUUUUUGUCGGCUUCACUGUGUUUGUCUUUGACAGGGUGCAUUUGGAUGACAGCCGGUGACUGAAACGACUUGAUACAUCCUUCUUUUAGCAAGAAUAUCUCACUUUCUUGUUCCGUCUAUGACGGAUUGGGUAUAGUUCUCGCGAUAACCCGCGCUCAGAAAUCUGUGCAUGUUGCUUAUAACCACCCGCUUCUACGAUUAGUUUGCUGAAGGUUUCUAAUGUGACGAGCCUAGUGAGACCCUGAGGUGCUUCAAACUGUGCCAGUUGGUCUCUUAUUUAUCUCCCACGCAUUUCGUCUGAAAAUAGUUGACUACAUCAAGGAUUUUUUCAAGUAGGGGUAAAUAAGCUUGCUCAUAUACAAAUAGUAAAUAAGUUGUCUCUUUGCUAUUGAAGCCAGUGGAUAGAAUUCGCCAGGUGCGCCUACGGUGUUAUACAUGCGUGACAUUUUCCGGACGUUACAUUUGCAUGUACGAGUACGUGAUCCGCUUGAGGGUCACAGAUUUAGUGUAAAUAUUUCACCCCUCAACAUCACGCAAUGUCUCUAGUUUAUAGAGGUCUUAGAACGUUUCAUUAUAUGGAGUAGCCUUCUGCGGGUAGAAGGCUAUAGGCGAAUUUCUCAGGCGUAAUUGCCUUUGAUUUCUCAAUUGAUGUUGUCGCAAACACAGUUUUUGGGAGUCACGAGACAAAAAAACUUAUCAGGACCUAGUUUCAUGUUCUAAUGGAAAUAAAUAGCAAAUAAAAACACAUUUUCUUGAGAAAUAAAGUCACAAAUGACGGGGGUUCUCUGAAACAAAUAGUGAUAGAAAAGGAUUUCAGUUCUGGUCAAUAUUAACUUUUCAUGGCCUACUUCCAAAUCUGAGGGAACGCGCUGAGGGAAUAAAAAAACAUAAAUGUGUGAUAAUGCAAGCAAGAGAAUGAAAAUCCAAAUGAAGAAAAAGGGGAAAACAUAGCAACCCGUGUUGCAGCGUGCAGAUAUCUUUCGAGCCAGACCUACACACCUAAGCCCGACACCACCCAGAGAAACUCGAAAGAGUCCUGUAUAUGAACUAGCUCGCACGUGCACGCAGGAAAGGCCAUGACAAUCAGCGAAAAUAAUUGAAAAUGCAAAUGAUAUUUGCAGUCAAAAAAAAGUAUCUUCUUGAAAAAAAAAGAUGAACAAUUUUUACUUCUCAUGAAAAGUCACGCAGUAACCCUAAAAAUACUAUUUCUAUACGUGGAAUUUCUUGAUGGUGGAAAGUGGAAAAAAACAUUUUCCAGUCUUAUUUUCUGGAAACAUGGCGUAAUUAAUGAAUUUAUGGGGCUAUUGUUAUUUGUAUCAAAUAAGGGGGGCAGAGUUUCCCGUCAUUCGCGGUAUGGAAAAGCCGAAGUUGUUACACUCGGGAACUUGUACGUCAACAAGCAGGCGACAUGCAACUUUAAAAUCUCCUCUCCUGUUACAGUUUCGUUAUUGUAAACUGUGCGAUAAUGAUAAUAGACGAUCAAAGCAUAGGCUAAUGAAUGUUUUGUUCUGUACAAGAGCCCUAUGUCCUGAUUUUAGCAAAUCUUGAAAGUAAUAAACGACUGAAGAAAGAAACGCAACGAUUUUCCCAUUGAUUUUUCGUCAACAUGCAUCUCUCUAAACGUGAAAUUUUCCAUUCCUACAAAAAAUCUCGAACGUUUUUAACAUUUUUCACCUUUCUUGAUCAAUCAUCUUGUAUAAAGAACUAAAAAAUGUAGUUUUAUUUUGUCAAGUGACCGCCUAGAGCAAGAAGUGCGUGACAGGUGUAGUUGAGAGAAACUUGUCACAAUCGCAGAUUUUAAAAGGUAUCCAAGACAAAAAUACGGUAGUGCCCAAAGAUUUUUUUGAUGAUUUUCAGAGAUGAAAUGAUGGGUUAUAAAGGGUAAUUAAGAUUAGUGUUGUAGCUUUCUGGCAACGGGAGAUAUUUGACCUCAAAGUUGUAAAAUAUUUAGAUGAAUCGAAAAGUCUAAAAACACAGCCGUAUAUUUGCCUCUGUUGAUUGACAAGCCGUCAAUCAAACUGACUGAUGCUCGCGGCGGCCAUUAACUAAGGAUGUAAAAAUUUGUGUGCAAAUCCUCAAAGAUAUCAGUUAAAUACCAUCGCAGUGAGAGCUUCAUAUAUUUUACCUAUUUGAAGCGAUUUCAUUAGUGAAAACCAAGAAAAACCAGGGGGUGGUCUAUCUCCCCACGGAAAAAAACCAAAACAGAAACCAGUCUGUUUUUUUUUAGUUUUGGGGUAGAGCCUUUAAACUGACAAAGUUUCAUUGAAAUCGGUGAGAUGGCAUGUAGCACGACCACCCGGUGCUCUCGUGGACACGCUUUUAAGUCACUAUCUAGCUGUUUUUUAGAAAGAAGGAUCAGGACUUACCUAACUCUUAGUGUUUUUGUGGGAGUUGUUGAUCCCAAUUUAAGUGUUCUUAGAAGUUUCAGUUGUCUGUAAAGCUAAAUAAAUCUAACUGAAACCUAAUAGGGCCUGUUUAUUCUUUUCCGUUUAGUUUUUUUGUUUUGUUUUGUUUUGUCUUUUUCUUUCUUCUGGUCUGUAAUGAUUUCAAUGGUUUCAGGUUCUUUUCUCAGAAUUGAGCUACAGUAAUAGUAUGCUUCUUUGUGUUGUUGCCUACAGGAGCCACUGCUUGUGUUGAAUUGAAGAGAUUUGAAGAAGCAAUCAGUUGGUGUGAUAAGGGACUAGUUGUAUCCUUUGAAGGAAUCGUUCAUUUUUAACCGUGGGUAUAAAAAAAAAGUUUCCACAAUUUGAUGUUUCAAGGGAGAAAAUACAAAGAUGAUGGGAACUUGUCAGCUCAUAUACUUUAAGUGUGUGUGAUUAAAAAUAUAGGAGACGUUAUUACCUCAUGACAUAUUAAUGAAAUUACUCCUUUUAGCCAAUUUGACUUAGUUCUACUAUCCAUGCCAAUAACUGUUACAUUAGUUUAAAUAACCCUUUAAUUUCCAGACCAAAUUUGUCUAGAAACGAUAAUAACAAAGUAGUUUGCAUUUAAAAAGCUGCAAUGUUUUUAUCAUAACAAGGUCACCCUUUAUCAUCCCUCUUGUUCAGAGGCUUGGGAACCAAGCACGCAAAUGUUAAAAUGGACUAUAACAUAUCAAUAUGAUCAGGAACAUUAUCUUUUUUGUUCUUUCCACAUUUUUUACCCUCAACAUAAAAAAGAUUGACAAAAACAAUAGGAUCUUGUUUUCAUUAAGACUUCAGUCUGUCAGUGGAGUGGGAGAUAAGUCCAUGGAGGAAAAAGAUCCUAUUAGUCAUGACCACGGUAGUGCAAGUUCAGGUGAUGUCAAGAAAGUCAUAGAUCUCUAUAAUUGGGGAGAAGAAGCCAUAGAGAAACUCAACCUAUAUCUUAAAAAAGCUAAAGAAGUAGGAGACAAGCAUGGGGAGGGUAACGCUUAUGGCAGUCUUGGCAUUGCUUAUGACCGUCUGGGUGAUUUCAAAAAAGCCAUAGAGUACCACAACCUAGAUCUUAAAAUAGCUAAAGAAGUAGGAGACAAGCAUGGGGAGGGUGCUGCUUAUGGCAAUCUUGGCAUUGCUUAUGACCGUCUGGGUGAUUUCAAAAAAGCCAUAGAGUACCACAACCUAGAUCUUAAAAUAGCUAAAGAAGUAGGAGACAAGCAUGGGGAGGGUGGUGCUUAUGGCAAUCUUGGCAAUGCUUAUGACCGUCUGGGUGAUUUCAAAAAAGCCAUCGAGUACCACAACCUACAUCUUAAAAUAGCUAAAGAAGUAGGAGACAAGCAUGGGGAGGGUAAUGCUUAUGGCAGUCUUGGCAAUGCUUAUAUUAGUCUGGGUGAUUGCAAAAAAGCCGUAGAGUACCACAACCUAGAUCUUAAAAUAGCUAAAGAAGUAGGAGACAAGCAUGGGGAGGGUGCUGCUUAUGGCAGUCUUGGCAAUGCUUAUCAACGUCUGGGGGAUUUCAAAAAAGCCAUAGAGGACCACAACCUAGCUCUUAAAAUAGCUAAAGAAGUAGGAGACAAGCGUGGGGAGGGUGGUGCUUAUGGCAAUCUUGGCAAUGCUUAUCGCCGUCUGGGUGAUUUCAAAAAAGCCAUAGAGUACCACAACCUACAUCUUAAAAUAGCUAAAGAAGUAAGAGACAAGCAUGGGGAGGGUAUCGCUUAUGGCAGUCUUGGCAAUGCUUAUACUAGUCUAGGUGAUUUCAAAAAAGCCAUAGAGUACCACAACCUACAUCUUAAAAUAGCUAAAGAAGUAGGAGACAAGCAUGGGGAGGAUGGUGCUUAUGGCAAUCUUGGCAAUGCUUAUUACCGUCUGGGUGAUUUAAAAAAAGCCAUAGAGUACCACAACCUACAUCUUAAAAUAGCUAAAGAAGUAGGAGACAAGCAUGGGGAGGGUAGUGCUUAUGGCAAUCUUGGCAAUGCUUAUGACCGUCUGGGUGAUUUAAAAAAAGCCAUAGAGUACCACAACCCACAUCUUAAAAUAGCUAAAGAAGUAGGAGACAAGCAUGGGGAGGGUGCUUCUUAUUACAAUCUUGGCAAUGCUUAUCGCCGUCUGGGUGAUUUCAAAAAAGCCAUAGAGUACCACAACCUAGCUCUUAAAAUAGCUAAAGAAGUAGAAGACAAAUCCUUUGAGGCAAUGGCCUACUUUUCACUAGGAAACGUUUUUGAGUUGCAAGGUGGACUGCCAAAAGCCGUUGAACAUUAUCAAGCUAGCAUAAACUUAUUCGAUUCCUUGAGAGUACUUCUAAAAUCUAAAGAUGAGUGGAAAGUUAAUUUUCGAAAUCAGCAUCAAAUGGCGUAUACGGGUUUGUGGAGAGUUCUCGUAGAACAAGGUAAUGUAGAUGAAGCCUUAUUUGUUGCUGAGAAAGGGCGAGCUCAAGCUCUGACCGACCUCAUGGAAUCCAGUUUUUGUGGUGGAACAGGUCAGCACAAGACAGGCGAUGAAGAUUUAGAAGUCACUGCUAUAUCUCCAUCGAUUUGGAUGAAACGUUUUUUAAAAGUUCUAAAAAACGUUCCAUUAAACACUGUCUUUCAGGCAGUGGACCAAACUGACAUCAAUCUUUGGGUUGUGUCCGAAGGAAAUCAUGUUCAGUUAAGACAAAGUAAACUCAAAAGUUUUGUUUCAGAGAAUAGUGGAACCAGCCAGUCCUUUGAGUCGUUCAUGCACGGUGCCUAUAGGCAACUUGGUGUUCGUUUUAAUGUGAAAUGCGAGAAUCGAUCUUUGGAUGCUUUGAGGGAGAACCAGUCAGAAGUGGAUGAGGAAACUAAAGAAGAUAACCCUCAGCUUCCCAUCCAACAAGAUGAAUGCUUAAGCACUUUGUAUGAUACCGUUAUGAAGCCGGUGGCUGACUUGCUUGAAGGGGAUGAGCUCCUCAUUAUUCCCGAUGGACCCCUUUGGCUCGCUCCUUACGCUGCAUUGAAGGAUGGUAAUUCCAAAUACCUGUGUGAAUCGUUCAUAAUUCGACUCGCUCCAUCUUUAACAAGUCUUAGACUCAUUGCCGAUUGCCCCGAUGAUUAUCACAAAAGCAGUGGUGCGUUACUUGUAGGAGAUCCGUGGGUAGCCGAGGUUACUGAUGGCAAUGGAGAGAAAGUCCUCGAGCAGCUUCCGGGUGCUAAAGAAGAAGUAGAAAUGAUCGGAAAAAUUCUGAAUAUUAAGCCAAUCACUGGUAGUCAGGCCACGAAACGUGAGGUGUUAAAAAGACUCGGUUCCGUUUCCUUAGUUCACUUUGCGGCACACGGAUGUAUGAAAACUGGCGAAAUUGCUCUUACACCUAACCCAGACCGAAUAUCUACUGUGCCAACGGAGGAGGAUUUCAUUUUAACAAUUGGAGAUGUGUCGAGUGUUCAACUUCGGGCCAAACUUGUGGUGCUUAGUUGCUGCCACAGCGGCCGGGGCGAGAUCAAGGCUGAAGGUGUGGUUGGCAUUGCGCGCGCUUUUAUGGGGGCUGGUGCUCGGUCUGUUGUGGUAUCCCUGUGGGCGAUUGAUGACGAGGCUACUCUUGAGUUCAUGAAAUGCUUUUAUCAACACCUUGCAGAAGGUAAACCUGCAAGCGAGUCACUGAACCUGGCCAUGAAAAGCCUCAGAGAAUCGGACAAGUUCCGCGACAUCAAACACUGGGCGCCCUUUUUGCUGAUUGGAGAUGACGUCACUCUUAACUUCAUGGCAAAGGGAGGAGAAAAUUUAAAUGUAAAAUCAUAUAAAUGA